UCUUGGUUGACACAAAUGUUCAAUUCUAUGAAAUAUAAAUGCUCUGUUUUUAGCAUCUAGCGUUAAGCCAGUUUUAAGAAGAACGCAUAUAAUAAUAGCUCUUGAUGGUGGAACAUUCUCAGCUACUUGCGUUGAUGUUGAAAAAAGCACGGAAAAGGCCUAGUUUCGACUAGCUAGUUAAAGCCAGACUGUGAAUCGGUGUAGGCGGCUGAAUUCUGAAAUCCUAGAUCAUUUUUUUGCCUUUUGCUUAGCGACUUUUAUAUGGAAACAAACGCAAAAGCAAAUAGGUAUCAAGAAACGUAUUGCGGAUCGGCAUUGCUACUGAUGUUAUCGCACUCGUAGUCUGAAGUUGAGUGGUUGAAUAAAUCUAGUGAGAGACCCCGUCUUUUAGAAAAAACAGGGAAUUUCUACGAGUUGUCCAGUUACGUUCUAUAUACAGUCAGCACUUGUGUAAAUUAUUUCUGCCGGUACAAAGCUAAAUGAAGAGCAAGCAUGUGGCAACCGUUUAACGAAACGGGCUGUUACCAAAGGCGGCGCAGCGUCGUUAUUGAUGGAGAAAAAGCAAUUGAUUUUCCUGCAUGGGCUGGGUGACACGGGUUAUGGCUGGAGUAACCAGCUGUCUCGAAUUUGUCCACCAUAUUAUAAGGUCAUCUGUCCGCAUGCGCCAACUAUUCCAGUAACGUUGAACAGCGGUAUGAGAAUCCCAGCAUGGUUCAACAUCCUUUCAUUAGAAGCUAGCGGACCACAAGAUGAAGAAGGCAUUAGAGCUGCUACAGUUAACAUUCAGAAAAUGAUUAAAGAUGAGGAAAAUGCAGGAAUUUCAUCAGAUCGCAUUAUGCUAGGAGGUUUCAGCAUGGGGGGGGCUCUGGCUCUUUAUGCUGGAUGUACUUACGAAAAGAAGUUAGGCGGUAUUAUCGGACUCUCUACGUGGCUACCGAUGCCAGAUGAGGUUACGAAAGCAGUAGCCGUUAACAAGGAGACACACAUUUACCUAGGUCAUGGUAAUAGCGACGACCUUGUACCCGUGAAGUGGGGUGAUAUGACCGCGAAACACCUAAAAAAAUUCAACCCGAACGUCGCCUUCAUUACCUAUAAUGGAAUGGGCCACUCCAGCUGUCCAGAGGAACUAUAUGAUGUAGCAAACUUCCUCAAGGAGCGCCUGCCAGCCCAGUAGUACAUAUGUGGGUAUCAACAUGUGGGUCAAAGGGAUCUUCCUGAAGUUAAAGAGCUUUUCUCGACGGUUCAUAGCAAAUAUUGGGAAAUAGUCUUAAAAACGUAUUCAUUGUAAGCGACAUACUACAUUCGCUCGCUACUCACCC